CUGGCUUCCUGUUCGAGCGUACAUGUACCGGACGAAGACUUCGCUGAAUUCGCACCGAAAGUGACAGAAACAACGCAAAUCGCGGAAGCUUUACAUCGGUUUAGGAGUGUUGUAUCCUUUCUCCUGUUCCAGGGCCUCAACCGAGCCUCCUUAAUGGAGGGCUUGCACGGAGCCUGCUCCUAACUGAGCUGAACACUACAUCCUUGGGGUUUGCUAGCCCAUUUUCAUUGUUGACUUUCAAACCUUGAACCAGUCCGCCAGCUUCUCCUGAUAUCACCCACCCCGAACAUUUCUGUGAUUAAGACGAUUGCAAACACCAUGUCUGAUCCUCGAUACAACCGAUAUGCACCGGGUAACCAAAGAUCCACCCAGGGGCCCUAUGGACUCCCCAGUUUGCAUGCAGAGAGGGACCUGGGCACAACUUCUCACCUUGGACUUGGGCCUGGCUUCAGCUCAUCUGGAACAUCUCCUGCAACUCCUGCCAACUCUGGGCGAAUGAUCCCACCACUGAUGGCUCAGACGGUGAACUACAGGCCUGAACAGAGUCAGGCCAGAAUAGAUAACAACCUAGAGAGGUCUGUAGACAUGAAUGUUAGCAGAGCCAGGGAGGAUGUGAUGUUCCCUGACCGACCAGAUCAUCAGUCUCUAGGCCAGAGGUCUCACUUUACCAAUACUAAUGAAUAUCUGUCUUCAGAUCCGGGAACAGCUUCCUAUCCCAUGUCAUCAACCUCUGCUUCUCUAGAUCAUAGAAACUCUAAUGAUAAAAGUGGUAGUAGCUCCUUGGACUGGUUGUCAGGUUAUAAAAUGGCAGUACCUGGCCAGCCCCCUGUUUUUUAUUCAUCAGCUGCUUCAUCAGGCUAUACAAGCGUAGAGAACGAAAGAGAACGUGACAUGCAGUCCAUUCCAGGAUUAGGUGACUAUGUCUAUCCCGUACCAAACCAACCUCCAGGACCAUCUGAGACACAUCGACCCAAAUAUUCCUCUGACUCUGCUGCUAACAUCCUUUUGGACUUUGGACUUGAAAAAGAGGACUUGGGAUAUCUCGUCUCAUACCCUCAAGACCAGAUGACCCCUUCCAACAUUCCAUUUAUCUUGCACCAAAUCAGCAUCGAGAAAAAAAAGAGAUCUGCUGUUACAAAAGGAAUGGAUAAUCUGAGUAGUUCUGGAGGGGCUUCAGCUGUUCUUCAGCCCCCUAAAGUAAUUGACUAUGGACAUACUAGCAAAUAUGUUGGUGGGGUUGCAGAUAGGAUUGGAAGAACUAGUAACAGUAAGUUGUUGGACACCUAUGAUAAUAGCAGCCACAGUCAAAAACCACAGGUAAACAAUAUGAUGGAGGUAAAAACUAGUUCCAUGGGUUCUUCCCAUCAGGGUACUUCCGUUACCAGUGCCAUUGCAUCAUACAGUUCAUUACUGAGCUCAGUAGGUACUCCAAGUGAUGAUCGGGCUAGGCAAAUUAACGCCCAACCAAGCCAGACUUCUCAAACACACCGUAGUUCUUUUUCCCUGCCAAAGUCAGACACAGACAUAAGACUUAUGUCACAGCCCCCAUUGAAACAACCAGAUGUAGAUCACCAGUCUACAUCAGAAACCAAACCAUCCAGCGCACUGUUUCGUGGUGUGCAUCCUGAACGCCCCGGUCUUGUGGUUGUUGGCAGCAGUGACACCACUGGUAACAAGAAUCAAGGUUCAGCCCAGAGUCGAGAGUCGAUGGUUGUUGAGCAAAUUAAGAUAUGGCAGAACCAGAGACGGAUGCAGCAGAACCAGCAGCCGCAGCAGGACCCGCCGAGGCAGCCGCAGCAGAACUCGCUGAGGCAACCACAGCAGAACCAACAGAGGCAGCCGCAGCAGAACCCGCCGAGGCAGCCGCAGCAGAACCCGCCGAGGCAGCCGCAGCAGAACCCGCCGAGGCAGCCGCAGCAGAACCCGCAGAGGCAGCCGCAGCAGAACCCACCGAGGCAGCCGCAGCAGAACCCCCCGAGGCAGCCGGAGCAGAACCCACCGAGGCAGCCACAGCAGAACCCCCCGAGGCAGCCGGAGCAGAACCCCCCGAGGCAGCCGCAGCACAACCAGCAGAACCGGCAGCCGCAGCACAACCAGCAGAACCGGCAGCCGCAGCACAACCAGCAGAACCAGCAGAACCGGCAGCCGCAGCAGAACCAGCAGAGGCAGCCGCAGCAGAAUCAGCAGAGGCAGCCACAGCAGAACCAGCAGAGGCAGAUGCAGGGGGUCGGGCCAGCAUUGCAAAUGGGGAAAGGGAUGCCGCCCUCAGUCUUCCCUGUGGCACAACAACUUCCUACUUCGUUCGUUGCCGGUGACACACGUGGUUCAGGUGCCAAGAGGUCCUCUGGGUUUGCUCUCCACUCCACCAUGAUUCCUCCCGCUGAGCCAGUCCCGAACAUCGUCCAGUCUCGGAUGCCUCCCAGCAGGCAGUAUCCAGCACAGAGGUCUCCAACUCCAGCAAUGAUGUUUGACUACACAGCGUCCACACCAAGAGACUUUCCCCAUACCUGCUCUCUAUGUUCCAAAGAAUGCAGUAACUUGAGGGAUUGGAUCUCCCACCAGAACACCAGCCUUCACCUUGAGAGCUGCAAAGUCCUACGGGCAAAAUACCCGGACUGGAAUGGCCAGAUUGUUGCUCAUCCCAGUGAUGCGGGAAAAGAUGUCAAGCCCUCGUCCUCAAUUUCCUCACAGGCUUCUUCAGAACAGCAUUGCAAGAAAACCAGCCCUCGUAGGCAUCACAGCUCAGAGAGUAGAAGAGAAAAACGCAGCCGUUCACGAUCACCGCACAGCUUCAGAUACAAGCGCAGUUCCCGGUCACGAUCAAGGAGCAAAGAAAGGGAGAAGAGGAAAAACGAGAGAAGUUCUUCUCCACGGAGGAACGAUAAGAGAAGAUCCUCUCCAAAAGGGAAUGAUGAUAGAAGGUCUUCUCCAAAGAGGAGCGACGAUAGAAGGGCUUCUCCAAAGAGGAGCGACAAUAGAAGGGCUUCUCCAAAGAGGAGCGACGAUAGCAGGUCUUCUCCAAAGAGGAGCGACGAUAGAAGGUCUUCUCCAAAGAGGAGCGACGAUAGAAGGUCUUCUCCAAAGAGGAACGACAAUAGAAGGUCUUCUCCAAAGAGGAGCGACGAGAAAGGGUCUGCUGCAAAGAGGAGCGACGAGAAAGGGUCUGCUGCAAAGAGGAGCGACGAGAAAGGGUCUGCUGCAAAGAGGAGCGACGAGAAAGGGUCUGCUGCAAAGAGGAGCGACGAUAGAAGGUCUUCUACAAAGACAGACGACAAGGAAAAGUCUUCUCCAAAGACAGACGAUGAGAAAGGGUCUGCUGCAAAGAGUAGCGAUGAUAAAGGGUCUUCUGCAAUGAAGAGCGACGAUAGGUCUUCUCCAAAGACAGACGACAAGGAAAAGUCUUCUCCUAAGACAGACGACAAGGAAAAGUCUUCUCCUAAGACAGACGACAAGGAAAGGUCUUCUCCAAAGACAGACGACAAGGAAAAGUCUUCUCCAAAGACAGGCGUCGAGGAAAAGUCUUCUCCAAAGAGGAGCGAUAAGAAACGAUCUUCACCAAGGAGGACUGACGAAAGACGAUCUUCACCAAGGAGGACUGACGAGAGACGAACUUCACCAAGGAGGACUGACGAGAGACGAUCUUCACCAAGGAGGACUGACGACAGACGAUCUUCACCAAGGAGGACUGACAAGAGAAGGUCAUCUCCCAGAGGAGGCCAUGGAAAAAGAUCAUCAUCAGAACAUUCCCCUGAAAGGAAGAAGGCGAGCAGUGCAGAGAGGCUGGUGAAGGAAAUACUACAAAAAUCAGCUGCCAAGUCUUCCUCCAGCGAGCCUGACCUCGAAGCAGUCGUCAAAACUCUGGCUCCUGCUUUGCUGGCUGAGCUUGCCAAGAUGAAGUCUUCCUCAUCGUCAUCUUCGUCGUCAACAAGGGGAAAGCGCUCGCAGUCCUCCUCGUCUGCUGGGAGGAAGGGUUCUUCCUCUGCUGCCUCUUCAUCAUCCUCAUCUGCUGCAGCAAAGAAGGAGACCACCACCACACCACCCAAGGCCAAUGUGCAGAAAAACAAGAUGGGCAAAUCUCCACCUCCGACCAUGGUGAAGCUAAAAGGCGUUCUCAUCUCUCUGUCUCACAGUGAAGUGGUCAGUGCGGUGGAGCAGUUUGGAAAAACAAAAUCAGUCGUACUGUUUCGUGCCAGGUUGGAGGCAGUCGUGUGUUUCGAGAAAGAAGAGGAUGCUAAAAAACUGAGGAAUGCAAGGAAAGUCAUCAUGAAAGGGAUUCCAGUGGCUGUUUUUGUAGAAGAGGAUACUGAAACGAAAAAGACUCCUCAGAAAAAACCUGUCGACUCUACACCUCAAACCACCAAAUCCUCAACAGCGACUUCACCAAAAAAGGCUACGCCUGAAAAAAUGUCGCCAGACUGUCCCGUGAAGCCUUUGUCUUCACCUUCUGAGACCCAAACAACCCAAGCAGGCAAACCUACCAGUGAGAAAACUGCUGCUAAAAGCUCAAACGCCACUGAUAACGCAGAAGUCUUGACCAAUCAAAAUGAGACAGGAAACGCAACUGUUGCUGAACCAACUGAAGCAGGGGUCAAAGAAACAACGUCCGCUAUACAGGAAACUGAAACACCAGUGGAGAAUUUGAUCUCAGCUGAAGGUAUAAAAAAAGAACGAGAAGAAGAACAAACUUCAGAACCCACAAACAUUCUGUCUUCAUCCACAUCAGAAAAUCCCCCUGAUCUUAAGUCCGAAGACUCAAAGGGUCAACAGUCUGUAGUGGUGCCAGGAAAUACAAUGAAGUUCGAAACAAGAGAUCCGACAGUCUCUGAACUGAACUGCGAGGUAGAACCAAGCAAAACUGAUGGUCAGGAGAAAGAAGCUGAAGACCUUGAACCGAUGGGGGUUGGAGAAACGGGAGCUGAAGUAGCGGAGCCCAUGGAAGCCACAAGUAGUGCUCCCGACAAUGCAGGAGAAAACCUGAUGCACACAGAGGCUGUACCAGACGAUUCCAGGGAGGAUCAACCACUUACCAGUGCAGAUGAGACCAGACCUGAUUUGUCUGCAUCUGAACCUUCUGCUGUUCCACCUCAGAACACCGAAGUGCCCUCUGACAUUAAGACUCCAGAAGCCUCUGUUAAAGCAUCAGCAGAGGACCCUGAACCAGAGUCUGCUGCACCAGGAUUGGAGGCGAAGGUGGAGGCUUCACAACCCACUGAAGACGACAAUUUGGCACCGUCUCUCACCCUCGGUUUGAAGAGCCUCAAUGAGCAUCUUGAAGACUCCGGUGAAACCACGAAGUCAGUUGAUCUUUCCACUCAGCCUCCCCCUCUUGAACUUGGUGAUGAUGCGGAACCAGCAGCACCUGAUGAAUCCAGCACUUGUGAAAAAGUCACAGUCGACUCGUGUUCCACCGCUGCACGUGACAACGAACCCAAAGAGGAGACCGGGAGCAAACUGGGAGCAGAGGAUGCCUUCGUCUCCACUAUUUCUCCAACUGUAAAUGAAGAUGUAGACGCUCCAGCUGAGGAAAGUCUCACCACAUCUAACUACAACACCGCAGAACUACUUCACUUUGACCAGGACACAGUUGUGGCCAUUAAAGCAUUAGUUCAACAGCACAAACUCGCCCAAGCAGGCAGGAGUGAGGAGAGAGAGAUCUCCAUCAAAACCAGUUCAGACUCAGCUGAUGAAAAAGAUGAAGACACGCCACAAGAAAAGACUUGCUCGUUCUUGAUCCAGGCUCAGAAUGAUUCUCCAGAUGAGCAAAUGUUCAACAUGGAAGAUUUUGUUACAGUCGAUGAAGUCGGUGAUGAUGUGGGAAAAGCAAAUCCAGACCCACAUCGACUCUCCUCGUCGGAACCAUCCGGUUGCGAUUCCAGACAAACCUCAACAAAGGCCUCCUCGUCCAAGUCCACUGACGUGUCCACGAAGAGAAUCUCAUCCUCCAACAUGAAAUCUGUGUCACCCAAAAGGUUGAAGGAGUCGUCCGAGUCCACCAAACCCUCCUCCUUUGGUCACAAAGAACAGCGUAAAACAAAGCCUCCGGUCAAAGCAACAACACCCUCAAGUCAUAGGACCAGAUCGUCUUCUGCUGCAUUCACAGGGGAAAAGAUGGAGCCAUCUGUGGAGACUCCCCCUGAGUCAGAGGGUGCAGUUGCAAAGUCUGACCACACAGUGCCAGCAGAGGAUACUGCUGUAAAAACGGUUGAGUCGGAAACAUCAGAGAUGCAACCACCUGCAAAGGGACAGGAAUCAGGCCUGAGCCAAACCCGGGAUCUGGAGACUGAUUUUAAGGACAAGACCGUAAAAGACCUGGAGAAAGGUAAAGAUGAUUCGGUGGAAAAUACAAAGGAGGUGGAUGUUGGUGACAAUGUACAACUCGUGGAAUCAUCAGAUAUUCAAACACACAAGCAGAUGGAUGAUGGGAACCGAUCACAACACUCUGACACCCAGCUGCCUGACCCUAAGAACCUGGCAAACUUCCAGGUCCUGGACAGUAUUGAUGAUGAAAACAACUGUCCCGAGGAGAGCAGUGAAAAGGAACUGGACACGUCUUCUCAAGUGGUAGAUCAUGCUAUUGAAGACCGAGUAGGAAACGAAAAUGCACCUGAAACCAAAAUAGGUGAAGAUAGUAUCCGAGUCAUGGAUACCAGUUUGAAACCAGAAGAAAAUCAGAUGAAGCCAAAACAGGAUGAAGAUGAGGUUGAAAGCGGAGUGACAUCAGCAGAAUCAUGCAAAAAUAUCGAGACGCCUGAUGGUCAAAUCCCAAAACAUGACGUGAAAGACGUAGACAGUGACGUAACUGAACAAGAAACCUUUGAGAUACUGGAUUCAAUUGAUACAACAGAAGAUGACGGUCAAACUCCAUGUGAUGCAACUCCCAAAGACAACCUGAGGAAUAUGGACGAAGAGGAAGAUCUGUAUCAGGUCGUUGAUUCUGUUGGAGAUCUUCCCACAACUACAGAGACGGAGUCUGAAGCCGACAGCAAGGCACUCAAAAGCAAGAAAGUUGAAACGGUUAUAAAAGAUGAUAAAUCAUCAAAGAGGAACGUUACAAGGACCAGAGCAUCAAAAAGCGAAGAGGACAAAUCACCGAAGAAACAGGAGAGGACAGUAAAAAAGUAUGAAACACGAACAAACAGGGACACCACCACAGAAGUUUCUAAUAAAGACCAAGAGUCCGGAGCAGUCACUGACGAUAUGGUGUACGAAAUACUGGAUUCUGUUGAAGAUGAACCAGUCGCUUUCACCCCAGAAAGGUCUGUGAGGAGAAGGAGUGCAAGAGGAAAGAAGGAAGACUUAUCUGAGUCGUCUAAAAAAACCAAGGCUGACGAAGAGCCUUCAUAUGAAAUCUUGGACUCAGUGGAAGACGAGAAUAUGGCAGAAGAAACAACCGUUACAACCAGAUCUACCAGAGGCAGAAGAGAAAGAACAACUAAGAAAGAUGCUUUGAUUGACAAGACAAAGAAAGAGGACCUGUCGUCGACAAGGAGGCGGCGCACUCCUGCCAGAGAAACGCCAAAGAAAGAGGAGGAACCUCUACAAGAAGGCACACCAACAAUGAAGAAGUGUGACAAAACUGUGAGAGAGUCAGGUGAGGAGGAAGCCACCUAUGAAAUAUUGGACUCUGUGGAGGACGAGGUCGUUAAGGAAGAGCGUCCCAUGACGAGGGGAAAAGGAAAAAGGGGACGACCAAAGAAAGAGGUGAAAACCACUAAAAAAGAAACCGCUCUUUCAAAGAAGGGCAGCAAAGAUGCAUCUGAGAAAGAGGCUGCUGAAGAAGAGGUGUCUUAUCAGGUUCUUGAUUCUGUUGAGGAUGAGAAGGUUGAUCAGCCGAGGAGCGCAAAAGGGACGAAUAUGUCUAAAAACAUUGAGAAACACAAAAAAGAAAGUCUUCCAGAGGUACCUAAAAAUGAGGAAGAGGAGGAGGAGGAGGAGCCUUUGUAUCAGAUAGUAGAUUCUGUGGAAGAUGAUCAAACUCUGGAAGAGUCGGUGACUGAGGCAAAAGAUGAGAUCAGUCCACAAGUGGAGGAACCAGCUGGAGGAGGAGAGACAAAAAUGUGUAGCACCGUUGUUGUAGGUGCAUCUGAAGAUGUGGUCCAUGCUUUGGAGAAAGUCAGUGAUGCUUCAUCUGCCGAAGAACCUUUGAGUCUGGAGAAGACAGAGGGAUCCCUCAAAACAGGCGACGAAAGACACAAAGAGGGAACGUCAACAACAAAGUCCCAAAGAGAAACGCCAGAAGAAGAGAUGAAUGCUCUGGUGAACCUGGAUGAAGUGAGUGAUGAGGAGGAGGAUUACCCCGACGACACGGCUGAGGAAGACCGGAGGAAGAACCAAGCUGUCAAGGAGAAAGAAACUACCGCCUCGAGGACGAUGGACAAGAAACGAGGAGAGGUGGUAGAGGUCGACGUGAAGGAGCUGCUGACUCUGGAUGAGGUUGGAGCUGAUGAAGCCGGAGAGGAAGCAACAGCAGCACAGAAUGAAGAGUGGGGCGGCGAGGUCACAACUGGAGAACUGCAGGAGCUUGUCACUCUGGACGAGUUCGUAGAAGACGAGGAGGACAAGGUUCAGGAGGUCUCACAGAAGGACCGCCCGCCCAACAAAGAGGGCGACUCCUUUAACAUCGAGACUUUGGUGACUUUAGACGUAGCGGGCGACGAUGAGGACAAACCUGAGAAGACCUCGAGAUCUGUGAAACGCAAACACGACGUGGACACAGUCGAGGAGAGCGUGGACUUUGUGACGCUAGACGAGGUGGGAGAAGCUGAGGAGGAGGAGGAAGAAAAAGAAUCGUCAAGAACGAGAGGUCGACCCAAAAGCAAAACCAGGAAAACCCCCGUGAGAAAAUCUGCGAAGAAUCUGAAAAACGACAUUGCUGAAGACGAAAGAGAAGAGCGGGAACGGUCAACAUUAGCGAGGAGUGAGAGUCAACGCGAGGAGGUCGAUGCUCCCCCUGCUGGACAACACCUGCAGUCAGAGAGCCCGAGCGGUGCAGCCGGUCACGUUGUGAGUAAAAGAAAGUCGGAGCUCGUCGGACCAGAAGCGAAAAGAUCUCGAUCUCAGUCUCCUUGUGUCACUGCCGACUUCAAACUGCCGCCGUUCACUCCCAACAGUCCCCUCGGUCAGGAGUUUGUCGUCCCUAAGUCUGGGUUCUUCUGUAACCUGUGUCGCGUUUUCUACCUGAGUGAGAACACGGCCAAGGAGCUUCACUGCAGUGGCCAGAAGCACUAUGACAACCUGCAGAAACAUUACCAGAAGCUUCAACACCAACACUCGAGGAGUUCAACACCAAACUCUCACGGUUCCUUUUCUGACUGAUCUAAACUUCAUCUUCUGAUCUGUUUCUGUUGUUUGUUUUUUUAUUGUGAAAACGGUGAAUGUGGACAAAGGGAAAUAUCUGCUGUCAUGCCUGGUAAAUAUUUACACUUCUGCGAUCACGGGAUUAAAACAUGAAGCAGGUUUUAUCAUGAGUUCAGUCAAAUUUCACCCACAAUAUUACAAUAAUGCUGACUGAGUCAAAGUUUGUCUCAUUUAUAAAUAUGUAAAUAAAGUAGAAUGUACAACAUUUUUCAUGUACAACACAAAACAGUCUUCAUAUUUUUUCCCAAUUAAAAAAAACAAACCUAUUUUCAUUAUUUUCCAAAAGAAUUUCUGUUUAUCAGACGUUUCCACUAAGAAUUGGCGCCACCUGCUGGUCUGAGGGUUAAAAAUGUUAAUUUACCAACAUUAGGGAGACGAGUUAGAGAGAUUUAUCAUUCAUUCAUUUAAAAAUCAUUCAUUUGUUUUAUGUUGUACAGAGUUCUUCUGAGUUUUAUAGCAAAUAAAAUGUGUCUCUCAUGA